AUGUUCUCCAGAAUUUGCAGACUAUUAACUCGAAAUAUUAGAAGUGAUGUGGGAAUGUACCCAAGUUUUCAGGUGGCACGAUUAAUGCAUCAUGUACAAAAUGAUUCGAAAACAACUGCCAUGAACGGUGGGGAGCUUCAAUCGUUUUUGAAAUCCAAUUCGACGUGUGGGCUAAUUGCAUUGAAGCAUUUGCCGCAAACUGCACCUAUCGGCAGAGUAAAUUCCCGUAUACUGGAUUUUCCCUUUCCCUUUUCGUACAUUCCCGUACCUGUUGAUAAGAGAGACCCUUUCCUUGAUGUUCAAAUUAAUGAACCUCAUCAAGACAAAGUGGUCGAGAAGCAGGCUGCUAGACUAAUUGUUAUUCGCCGUCGAAAAAUGAAGAAACACAAGCUCAGAAAACUGCGGAAGAAGAUGAAAUUUGAAUGGGCAAAAGUUAGGCAGCGAAGGGAAUUAAGAAAAGAGAAGUUGUUUCAAGCCAAACUUGUUGCUCAAAUGAAAGAAGCCGAUGAAUUUGACGCUGCGGAGUAUGUUUCAGAGAAGCUUAGAAAAAUUGAAGAAUUUUCUCAAUUGGAGGAAAAAAAACGAAAAUUUGAAAAGAAAUUAUGA